AUGACAGCUCCACCAUUGGAUCAAUUUCAUGAUCCAUUUGAUGAACGAUAUGAUCAAGUGGCUGUUGAUCCGCCAUAUUUGGCCCCAGAUUUGCCGACACCGAAUCAAAAUCAGUCAAUGAAUGCUCAGCCGACUGUCUUCAUGCAGCCAGUGAUCAUCGAUCGAGUUGUGCGAACGCCCGUUGUCGUUGAAAGCAGCUUCAUGUCGAGCGUUUGGUUCCUCAAGGCUGGCCUUUGUUUAGGCAUUCUGAUUCUCUUGGGUAUUUGUCUUAUCAUUGUGUUGUACUCACUCAUCAAUAGAAAU